AUGGCUCCAAUAGACAUCGAAGACGCCCUCUCCAAGCUCGACUUGAACGAGAAGGUCGAGCUCCUGUCCGGCAUCGACUUCUGGCACACCAAGCCCAUCCCCCGCCUGGGCAUCCCCUCCAUCCGCACCUCCGACGGCCCCAACGGCGUGCGCGGCACGCGCUUCUUCAACGGCGUGCCGGCGGCCUGCUUCCCCUGCGGCACGGCCCUCGCCGCAACCUGGGACACGUCUCUCAUCCGCUCCGGCGGCGCACUCAUGGGCAAGGAAGCCAUCGCCAAAGGCGCGCACGUGAUCCUCGGGCCCACCACGAACAUGCAGCGCUCGCCGCUGGGCGGGCGCGGCUUCGAGUCGUUCAGCGAGGACCCGUACCUGGCGGGGGCGAUGAGCGCGGCGACGGUGCAGGGGAUCCAGAGCACGGGGGUGGCGGCGACGAUCAAGCACUUUGUGUGCAAUGAUCAGGAGCAUGAGAGGCAGGCGGUGGAUGCGAUUGUGACGCCGCGCGCGUUGAGGGAGAUAUACCUCAUGCCGUUUCAGAUUGCGCAGAGGGAUGCGCCGCCGCUGGCGUAUAUGACGGCGUAUAACCGCGUCAAUGGGGUGCAUAUGAGUGAUAAUCGGGAGAUACUGCAGGGGAUACUGCGGGAUGAGUGGGGGUUUGAUGGGUUGGUUAUGAGUGACUGGUUCGGCACCUACACCUCCGCCGACUCCAUCAACGCCGGGCUGGACCUGGAGAUGCCCGGCCCGCCCCGCGUGCGCGGCAAGCAAACCCUCAUCGCCCACAGCGUGCGCAAAGUCUCAGACCAGACCAUCGACGAGCGCGUCCGCAAGGUCCUCGGCCUCGUCAACGCCGUCGACGCCCUCAACAUCCCAGAAAACGCACCAGAAAAGUCCAUCGACUCGCCCGAGACCUCCGCCACGCUCCGCAACGUCGCCCGCGACGCCAUCGUCCUCAUGAAGAACGACGGCAACAUCCUCCCCUUCAAGAAAGACCGCUCCCUCGCCGUCAUCGGCCCCAACGCCAAGAUCGCGGCGUACGCGGGCGGCGGGUCGGCGAACUUGCGGCCGUACUACGCCGUCACGCCGUACGACGGCAUCCGCGCGCAAAAGGACGACGUCAAGUACGCGCUGGGAGCGGAAGGCUACCGCAGCCUCCCCGUGCUGAGCCACCUGACGAAGACGAAGACGGACGGCAAGCCCGGGUUGCUGGCCAAGUUCUUCACGGAGCCGCCGACGGAAGCCGGGCGGCAGGCCGUCGACGAGGUGCGCGUCGAGGGGUCGGACAUCCUGUUGUCGGACUACACGAACGCGGCGAUAACGAGCGACACGUUCUGGAUGGAUUUGGAAGGCACGUUGACGGUUGAGGAUGGGGGCGAGUACGUGUUUGGCGUGAGCGUGUGCGGGACGGCGAGGCUGUUUGUGGGCGGCGUGCUGGUGGUGGAUAAUACGGAGAACCAGCGGCAGGGGGAUACGUUUUUCGGGUCCGGCACGGUCGAGGAGAAGGGCACGAUGCGGCUCGAGGGGGGCAAGACGUACGAUGUGUAUCUGCAGUUCGGCUCGAGCACGACGAGCAACAUGAAGACGCCCGGCGCGACGGUCAUGGCGGGCGGCGGCGUCAGGGUCGGCGGGACGAGGGUCACCGAGCCCCAGGAUGAGAUCGACAAAGCUGUGAAGCUGGCGAAGGAGGUGGAUCAGGUCGUCAUCAUCGCCGGGUUGAACGGCGACUGGGAAUCCGAAGGCUACGACCGCCGCCACAUGUCGCUCCCAGGCCACACCAACGCCCUCAUCGCCGCCGUCGCCGCCGCCAACCCCACCGGCACCGCCGUCGUCAUGCAGUCCGGCACCCCCGUCGACAUGACGCCCUGGAUCGACGCCGUCCCUGCCCUCCUCCACGCGUGGUACGGCGGCAACGAGACGGGCAACGCCAUCGCCGACGUGCUCUUCGGGACCGACGGCGCCAACCCUUCCGCGAAGCUGCCGCUCAGCUUCCCGCGGCGCAACGAGGAUAACCCGGCGUACCUGAAUUUCAGGUCGGAGAGGGGCCGCGCGCUGUAUGGGGAGGAUGUGUAUGUCGGGUAUCGGUUCUACGAGAAGGUGGGGAGGGAGGUGUUGUUCCCGUUCGGCCAUGGGCUGUCGUAUACGGCGUUUAACUUCGAGGGCGACGUGGACGUCAGCGAGGCCGGUGGCAAAGACGAGGCGGCGACUAUCACCGUCACCGCAUCCGUCCGCAACACCGGCGCCGUGCCCGGCAGGCAGGUCGUCCAGGUCUACGUCAGUCCGCGCGCGCCGUCCAUCAACCGCCCGCCGAAGGAGCUGAAGGGCUUCGCGAAGACGGAUGUGCUGCAGCCGGGCGAGACGGCGAAGGUGCGCGUCGAGCUGCAGAAGAAGUACGCAGCGGCAUUCUGGGAUGAGUUGAGGGACGCUUGGGUGGUUGAGGAGGGCGUGUACGAUGUGUUGGUCGGCGAUAGCAGCGCGAGUACGCCGUUGAAGGGAGAGUUUGCGGUGGAGAAGACGUUUUGGUGGAGGGGGCUUUGA